GCAGUAUAAAAAACCGAUAGUUACCAACACUGGAGUACAUAAACAUAAACAAAAAGCGGAAUUUGCAGCCACUACUUAAAUUUCACUGCAGUUUCAAAUAGUCAAUUCGCAAGUCUCCUUUGCCCGCGAUGAACAACCGGUUCCUGCCAAAUCUAGAGUACUUGCUGCAGGGAUCCAUUCUGGACUCUGCCGUGGAGCACUUGAUGCACAGGCUCAAGGGACUCUGCGACAAUGUAGAUACAUCUCCGGAGCCCUUCCACGACCUGGAGGUGUGCAUGAGCCUGCGCCAGCCCAACACCCCUCAGCCAUUGCUGCUCCGCGUGCGCCGGGCCCUCGGACGCGACGCUCCCUUCCAGAUGCGCUACCUGGGCAACCCCGAGGUGGACCAGCGACGACCCACGCUUGUGCGCAACUGCAUGGACUGUGCUUGUAGCAAUGGCAUUCUUGAGUUCCUCACGGAGAUGGGUUUCCGCCUGGAGUUUGAGUACAUAGCCAAAGGCUACAUGUUCCGCAAGGGUCGCAUGAAGAUCACCGUCUCCAAGCUCAUCAAAAUCAUACCCGGCAAACAGCAGGACAUGGCCAACGAGCCAAUCUCGCAGAGCUACAUCGUGGAACUCUCCGUAGUGGCGCCCACGGGGCAGGAGGACGUCGGCGAGGAGAUGCGGGUGUUUGCCGAGCAGCUGAAGCCGCUGGUGCAGCUCGAGAAGAUCGACUACAAGCGGUUGGGCGGCAUGCCGUAGUGCAAAUAAAGGUGCACUUCGUAAUUCUUCAACAGUAAUUUAAUUGCAUAGAGAUUAGGACAUAGAAAAAUAUACAGACAUCAGGAAUCGAGA